CCGGAGCGAGCCUGGCGCCUCCCGAGCGGGCCGGGCUCUUGGCGGCGGACGGGACGUGGGCUUCUUCCUCUGGCCAGGGAAAGCAGAGAAUAUGAAAGCCUAUCUAAAGAGCGCGGAAGGCUUUUUUGUCUUGAAUAAAAGUACUACGAUUGGAAGGCAUGAAGACUCAGACCUUGUUUUAGAGUCUGCAGACAUCGACAACCAUCACGCGCUCAUCGAAUAUAAUGAGACUGAGGGCAGCUUUGUUCUCCAGGACUUCAAUUCCCGCAGCGGCACCUUUGUCAAUGAGUGCCACAUUCAGAACGUGGCUGUGAAGCUCUUACCGGGAGACCUCCUGAGGUUCGGGACUGGAGGGCUGACCUACGAACUGGUCAUCGAAAACCCAGCUUCGGUCUCCUUCCCAUGGGCGGCGGGCCCAGCACCUUGGCCCAGGCCACAGCCAUCUCGGGCCACCCAGCAGCCGAACCAGUCACCCUCGCCACCGCAGGUCCCCUUCCACCCGGGCGUCCGGCCGGUGCCAGUGCAGAGGAGCUGGUCCCAGGGCUUCCCCAGGCCCACCAUGGUCCCGCCCGCCUCUCACAAGCGGCCCACGAGUGCCAGCGGGAAGAUGUUCUCCUUCAUGGUGGACGGCGCUGCCCACGGGGUUCCCAUCAUCAAACAAGUGUGGACCAACGCCGUGAAUCUGUCAGAGCAAGCAGUGGCCGAGGAAAUUCCCAGGACAGGAUCCGCCAGGGAGAUGUUUGUGGAUCAUGACUUGGCCCAGCAGGAGAAGGAUGAAAUAAUUCUGCUGCUGGGAAAAGAAGUCAGCCGUCUCUCGGAUUUCGAACUCGAAUCCAAAUACAAAGAUGCCGUGAUCGUGAACCUUCAGAACGAAGUGGCCCACCUGAGCCAGAAGCUGUCGGAAACAGCCGCCUCCAGGCAGAAUGAGAGGGUGGUCCCGCCCAAGCUCCAGGUUCUGGAGGAAGACGAUGAUGCCCAACAGAGAGAAAUUCAGAACUUAAAAAGCCAGAUCAGUGCCCUGCAGCAAGGUUACAGCCAGGUGCUGUGCCAAACCCUGUCUGAGAGGAACUUGGAAAUCACGUCCCUGAAGAACCAGGGUGAGAACUUAAGGAGGGAUAAUGCCAUCACAUCAGAGAUGGUGUCAUCUUUGCAAAAGGAUAUGUUAGCAAAGGAUGAGCAAGUUCAACAACUACAACAGGAGGUGAAUCAACUAAAAAGUGAGAACAAAGAAAAGGAUCACCAGCUUGAAGCCCUCAGCUCCAGAUGCUCAGUGCUGAAAGAAGAGUUAAAGAAGGAAGAUGCCCAGAAGGAGAACGUGGAAGCCCAAGAGAAAGAAAUAAAACUCUACAAAACCCAAAUCCACGACAUGGAGAAAGAAGUGAGAAAACUCAGGGAGGAGCUGAAGAGGAGCAGUACAGAGCAGAACCUGAUCUCCAAGACACUUCGGGAAAAGAGCAAGGUUGAAGAGAAACUUCAGGAGGAUUCCAGAAGGAAAUUGCUUCAGCUGCAAGAAAUGGGGAACAGAGAAAACCUCAUUAAAGCCAAUUUGGAAAGGGCAGUAGGUCAGCUGGAGCAUUUCAGAAGUCAGGUCAUCAAGGCCACCUACGGACGAGCGAAGCCGUUCCAGGACAAGCCCGUCUCCGAUCAGCAGUUAAUAGAGAAGAUCACCCAGGUCACUGAGGACAACAUCAACUUUCAGCAGAAAAAGUGGACCCUGCAGAAGGAGACCCAGCUCGGCCUCUGCCGACAGGAAGAGGUCACAGACAGCGUUGAGAAACUGAAGAAGGCCUUAGACAGUUGCCAGGUUUGCAUGAAGACGUCGUGCUGUAGCAACGACCUGAGGAAGGAGGUCAGCUUCCUGCAGCGCCUGCAGGUGAGCCCACCUGUCUCGGGGCUCCAGAAGGUGUCUCUGGACAUUCUGCGCCUGUCGCUGUCCUGGCUGGAGGAAACAGAGCACCUCCUCCAAGAGGUGGGCAUCCAGUUCUCCAGCUCCAACAAAGGAUUGUCUUUGUAUCUGAAAUACCUUCUGGAACAUUAUAAAAAAAUUACAAGCCGGACCCAGGAACUUCAGAUCAAGAUCAGCAGUUCUCAGGAAACUCAGCAGUCUUUAAUGCAAGAAAAGCUGCGAGAGCACCUGGCAGAGAAGGAGAAGCUAAGCGAGGAAAGGCUACAGCAGGAGGAGAAGCUGAAAGCCCGAGUCAAGUGGCUGACGGAAGAGAAGGCGGCUUUGGAGGAAAGCAUUACUCAAGAGAAAAACAGAGCGAAAGAAGCAUUAGAAGAAGAACAGAAGAGAGCCCAAGAACUGGAGAACCACUUAACCCGCCAGAAGAAGGCUUUGGAGGAGACCAUUUCUCAGGAGAAAAGCAGAGCAAAGGAAGCAUUAGAAGAAGAACAGAGCAAAGUCCGAGAACUGGAGAACCGCUUAACCCACCAGAAGGAGGUUUUGGAGAGCAGCAUGGCCCAUGAGAAAAGAAAAGCAAAGGAAGCCUUAGAGACAGAAAAGAGGAAAGUGCAAGAUCUGGAGAACCACUUAACACAGCAGAAGGAGAUUUCCGAGAGCAGCAUCGCCUACGAGAAAAACAAAGCAAAGGAGGCCAUAGAGAAGGAAAAGAAAAAGGUCCAAGAUCUGGAGAACCGCAUAACCAAGCAGAAGGAGGAAAUGGAUUUAAAAAUGCAAAAAGAAGACAUUUUAAAUAAUAAAUUAAAUGAUGCACUGGCCAUGCUAGAAAAGGCUCAGAAAACUAAGAUGGCUGAAAGUCUGAAAGCAGAGAACCUCACCAUGAAAUUAAAUGAAACACUAGCUGAACUGGAAACUGCAAAGACGAAAAUGAUCAUGAUGGAGGAGCGGAUGCAGCUGCAAAAGCACACAGUAAUGGCCCUCCAAGAGGAGCAAGAAUCACAGAAGCACGAAUUUGAAAAACAAAUCAUGGAAUACAAGGAACAAAUCAAGCAGCACUCCCAGACGAUCGUGAACCUUGAGGAAAGACUCCAGAAAGUGACUGAACACCACAGAAAGAUAGAAGGAGAGAUCGCCACGCUGAAGGACAGUGACCCAGCCCAGGAGGGGGACGCACAGCCGGACCCCGCAGCAGCACCUCUAGGGGAGAGCAGCUCCAAAGAUGCAAUGUGCGACCACCUGAUAGAGGAUUUAUUGACUGCUCAGAAGGAGAUCCUGUCUCAGCAGGAGAUCAUCAUGAGGUUAAGGAAGAACCUGACUGAAGCUCAUAACCGAAUGUCAGACCUGAGAGGGGAACUGAACGAAAAGCAAAAAAUAGAACUGGAGCGGAACGUGGCACUGGUCCAGCAACAAAGCAGUGAGCUGAGCGUGCUCAAGGACAAGAUGGUACAGAUGACCAGCCUGGUGGAGAAGAAGGACAAGGAGCUGGAGGUCCUCAAGCAGGCGCUCAGGGCCUCCCAAGAGAAACAGAAACUCCAGCUGCACAAGGAGAAGGAACAGAAGCCCAGGAACACAACCAAGAUGUGUGACAUUUCGGUGCAGAUAGAACCAGUCCACACUGAUACUUUCUUGAGCAGCCAAGAGGAGCAGUGCUUCAGUGACCUCGGGGCCAAGUGCAAAGGGUCCCGACACGAGGAGGUCAUCCAGCAUCAGAAAAGGGCCUUGUCUGAGCUUCGUGCACGGAUUAAAGAACUUGAGAAGGCCGGCUCCUCAAAUCAUAAGGACCACAUGGAUGAAUCAUUUCUAGACUUAAAGACUCUUGGGAUGGAAAAAAACAUCCAGAAAAUAUUGGAUGUAAAACCUGAUUUGCCAACUUUCUCAAAAGUAGAGAUCCGAGUGCCUCAAAAUGGCCUUUCCAGCCCAGGGUCCGUCAUGGCCACCGAUAAAUUAGGGAAAACAGACGCAGCUGAGGCUCUGGAUCUCAGUGAAAGGCUGUACAUGGAUAUGAGCAAAACACUCGGGAGUCUGAUGAACAUCAAAGAUAUGUCAGGUCACGUGUCUAUGAAACACCUGUCCCCUAAAGAGAGGGAGAGAGUCAACCAGCUUCGACAAAGAGACCUCGAUAUGGUGUUUGAUAAGAUCACCCAACUCAAGAACCGGCUGGAGAGAAAAGAGGAGCUUUUGAGAGGCUACGAGAAAGACAUUGAACAGCUCAGGCAGAGCAAAGUGUCGGUUCAGAUGUACCAGUCACAGGUGGCCAAGCUGGAAGACGACAUCUACAAAGAGACGGAAGAGAAGGCUCUGCUCAAGGAGGCCUUGGAGCGCAUGGAGCAGCGGUUGCACCAGGAGAAGAGGGUCAACAGGGCGAUCAGGCAGCAGAAGGAACGUUUAGAGGACCUCGAACAGAGAAAUGCCAAAGAGUCAGCAGCUUGCAACUGUUCCUUCAAAGAGAAAGAGAGGCAGAGACGAAUGUUUGUAGAGGCGGUGAAGAACAAGAUGCAGAACUCAAAUUUCCAGGUUGGAGCUAGAAAAGUCAUUGCAAAGAUGGACCGAGAAAGAGAGAUGCUAAAGAAAGAGAUGUCCAGCAAGUCCAGCCAGAGCCUUCUGUUUUCUAAGCCUGGUGGAAGGAACUAGAAAUAUCAUCCCGCCGGGUCUCACGAGAUCCUCCUCUCUGAGUCAGAAUCUUCUGCACCAAAUCACAAAGACACUUUCUUAAGACUUAAAAGAUUGUUACCCUGUGUGUUGCUUCCUAGACUGGUAUUUUGCACAGAGCAAUUUUUCAGAGUGUGUGGGGAGAGGGGCUCUUUUCACAGCUAUCUACUAAUAUAAACGCACUCAGGCAUGUGAAGAAUUAGUUCGAAAUUCUGACUCCUAGGCCCAGUAGAUAAACUUAUGUGUCUGGGUUGUGACAUACCCAAAUGUCAGACCUCCACGGAGCUCCAAGAAACCCACAGUUGAGAAAACCCAGGACAUGUUACUGGGGCCACAGGACAGAAAGGUAACCUCAAGGGCUCCUGGGGCCAUGGUAUAGUGCAUUUAUAUAUGAAUUUCUUAUAAUAAAUUUGAACACCAACCUGUUUUUAUCGCUUCCAUAACAAUGAGUCACAUGUAUAUGGCACUCUGCAGUUUUCAAAACCCUUCUCAUCUAAUCUUCCUCCAAGCCCUGGGAGGUAAAUAGUAUUAUAUUCCCCAUUUUACAAAUGAGGAAGCUGAGGUCCAGAGAGGUUAAAUGGCCCAUCUAAAGUCACACAGCUAGGAAACUCAAGGGUUGGGUCUGGAACCCAGGUAUUUAACUCCUGUCUCACACUGCCCAUCCUGUCACAGCAGGAUAAGUCCAGUAGUUCAAGCCACAGGCCAUCAGGACAGGCCAACUACCCAAUCACCAAAGGGCACACACUGCCCAGGUGGGCACACUCUUUUUCCAUGGUAUUUGGAGAGACUUUCAUUUUUGCCCUCUCUGCAGCAAUCUGUCCUCUCCCUGCCUUUCUUACAUGGCCAAGACCACAAAAUAAAAUGGGAGGAACAACAGUAGUCAUGAAUAUCACUAUUUUUUUUAAUUUUAAAAAGCCAUAAUAAAAAUAUUUUUGUAUUUUAAAACCAAAUGCAUUCUUUAUACUGAUUAAAACUAGAAGAAAAUAGGAAAAAUUAUUUGUGUAAUAUUCCACUAAAGGUACAUCUUACACAGUGAGAAGGUACAUCUUACACAUGACCUUAAAAAUAAUCUUGAAGGGAAUUCCCUCAUGAUCCAGUGGUAGGGCUCCAUGCUUUCAAGGCAGGGGGUACGGGUUCAAUCCCUGAUCAGGGAACUAAGAUCCCACAUGCCUCAUGGUAGUGCAGCCAAAAAAAUAAAAUAAUUUUUUAAAAGAAGUUUUAAAUUAUUUUUAAAAAAUACUAAUAGUAAUCUUGAAAACCCCAGUUUUCCAUAAAGAUAUGAUACUACUUAUACUUCACCAUAUCCCCAAAAUCCAAAAAGCAGUCUCCAGCACCAGAAAAGAUCACUGGGUUAGACAGUAAUUAAGAAGCUGGCUAAUGUUUGGAAGCCAAAUUGUGUGUGGGGGAAGAAAUACUUAAUUUGGUUGAACAUGAAUAUUUGAAUUUGCAGAAGUCAAAUGUGAUGCCUCUGUGACUCCACCGUAUUUUAGGUCUCUCAAAGGACAUGUUAAUUUUAUCAUGUCAACUUUGCAACCCACGAUGGUGAUUUCCUUUCUUCACUCCUUGAACUAGAUGGUUCUUUGGGUAUCACCUUAGCCACAUACCCCUUUCUCUGAGAAUGCACACUGCCCCCCCAAUCAGGCUUGCCCUCGCUAAUGCUGCUCUCUUGGCCACAGCUGGUUGGCUGAGCAGUAGCUAGUCGACCCAAGCCAGACCAAUCAGGUUUCACUUCUAACCCAAGCUGGGCCAAUCAGCACCUCCACCCUUGGUAUUGGAAGUAGGGCACAGGAUCACCACGCAGGUCAUUAGUGGUAUGGGGCUGAGGUCUUGAUGCAGUUCCCAGCUGGUGUGGCCAUUUCUUCCACUGUGUUUGGAGAAACAAAGCCAGUCUGAAAUGAAACAGCCAUGAUAGAUAAACAAAAAGUGGAGACAAGAAACCAAGAGCACCAGAGAGACAGUGCAGUGGACACCACAAGCCCCUUAGUCAUCGCCCCCCUCUACUGGAUAGGCUGAAGGUUAAACACCUUCAUUUCUCAGCUUCCCUUGCAGCUAGACCCAGCCAUGUUGCCCAGUUAUGGCCAAUGACAUGCAAGUGAAGGUCCUGGGCAGGGGCUUCCCAUUUGGAAUUAAAGGCAAGACUUUGCUAGGAGAGAGAUUUUUCUCUUUGUCCCUUUGUCUUGUCUGCUUUAUCUCUCCUGAAGCUCAGACUUGGACCUGGAGCAGCCAUGCUGGGAAUCACCAGGAAACAAGCAAGAGGCCAAAGCCCACCUCAAGGACAAUGGAGUGGAAAGAUAUGAAAAGCCUGGGUGGGAGCCUGGUAACAUCACUGUGCUGUAU